AAACGAGUCGUGGUUCAGUGGCUAGUAAUGGGCCAGUUAUUAACUAAUGUUUCUAAGUUGACGUGGUUUCGAGUCUCGCUAGCAAAUUCCUUUACUUAUUAUUUCUUUUAAUAACAGAACAGAACCAGGGUUUACACUGUGUAACAUCUUUCUCUAUCGCCGGCGCCGGAAACCUAACUGAUCGGAACUCUUUCUCGCCGUCCGAUUAGGCCAUCGGAAAAGCAGUUUAUUGUUUGAUUCAGGUUACUUCGAGCAUGGUAUAUUGCGGUUUUUGUGCAGAGAGUACCACUCGACCCGACUAUGUGGAUGGCAGAAUAUGUUGCCCCUUAUGUGGAAGAGUUCUUGAAGAAGAUAAUUUUUCAAAUGAGCCCACUUUUGUUAAGAAUGCUGCUGGGCAGAGCCAAGUGGAAGGAAAGCGUGUGAAGACUGUCCAAAGUGUUGAUUCAGCUUCACGGCAAAGAACAAUAAAUGAAGCAUAUUAUGGUAUAGAGAGUAUAAUGAAUGCAUUAGGAAUUGGCGGUGGCGAUUCGAUAGCUAAUCCAGCUAAGGCCUUCUAUGAGAUAGCACUUGAGAGGAAUUUCACGAAGGGGCGUAGGAAAGAGCAAGUUCAGGCUGCUUGUCUUUACAUUGCAUGUAGGGAAAGCAAAAAGCCAUUCCUACUCAUUGACUUCUCUGAGCACUUGAGGAUAAAUGUGUAUGUUUUAGGUGCUGUAUUCUUACAGCUUUGCAAACUUCUAAGCCUUGAAAGCCAACCAUUUAUUCAAAACCCUGUGGAUCCUAGCCUUUUCAUUCAUCGAUUCACUGAUCGUUUAUUUGGGGGAAGGAAGCCAAAUAUUUCUAGAGCUGCACUUCAGAUUGUGGCCAGCAUGAAGCGUGAUUGGAUGCAGACAGGGAGAAAGCCAAGUGGAUUAUGUGGAGCUGCACUGUACAUAGCUGCUCUUUCACAUGGACUGAGUUGUUCUAAAUCAAAAAUUAUCAAAGUCGUACAUAUUUGUGAAGCAACAUUGACCAAGCGUUUGAUUGAAUUUGAAAACACAGAAUCUGGGAGUUUAACGAUUGAGGAGUUCUAUAAAAGAGCUGAGGACCUUGAGAAAGAAGAGAGACUGGCCCCGCAAUUUUAUUCGGGGUCAAAAGGAUCUGGGAUCACAGAAGUGCUAUGUGAACACAAAGGAAGUGUGGAGCUGCCCUUUGCCCAUGGUCUUUGUGAGAGUUGUUACAGUGAUUUUGUAAAACUUUCAGGUGGGCUUGAUGGAGGAGCUGAACCUCCAGCCUUCCAACGUGCUGAGAGGGAAAGAUUAGUGGCGAAAGAAGCUGCUGAGGAUCCAAAACUUUCCAUGUCCAAUCAGGUGGAAAACAAUGGCGCUGAGUCUGAAAAGGAAGAGAACACUCAGAGUGUGACCGGGAGUACAAAUGUGCAGAUAUCAGGGUCUGAGCAAAUAGGGGCAUUCUCAGGAGUUAAAACUGGGCAUAAUGUGACUUGUGAUACAGUACAUGGCACAGGUUGUAUGGGUCUUGAUGAUCAUGAUGAAUCAGGGAACUUUUCUGAUAUUGAUGAUGCAGAGAUUGACGGUUAUUUUCUCGACGAGGAGGCGAAGCAAUGUAAGAAGAUCAUCUGGGAAAAAAUGAACCCGGAAUAUGAGGAAAAAGCAGCUAAGGAAGCAGCUGAAUUAGCUGCAAACAAGGCUAAAGAGUCCAGUUUAGCUAACUGUUCGGAGGAUGUUCAAGCUACACGGAAGAUUUAUGCUGCUGCUAAUAAUAAUGUUGCAGAAUCAAGAAAGGAAAAACGACAGAAAAGAGCUGCAGAACUGAAAAAUUCUCUUCCUCCUAAAACCCCUGCCGAAGCAGCAAAGCAAAUGUUAACUAGAAAGAGGCUAUGCGCUAAGAUCAACUAUGAUGCGCUAGAAAAGCUUUUUGAUGAUCCUGAAAUUCCAGAGAACCUAAAGAAGAGUCGAAAUGUGGACGAUUCAACAAAUUAUAACGUGGUAAAGAGCAGCAAAAUUGAUUCGGAAGUAGACGAGACUUAUGAAGAAUCAUUUAUGCAGUAUGAUGAGGGUAUGCAUUAUGAUGAGGUUAUGCAUUACGAUGAGGAUGGUGGAGGAUAUGGCUAUGAUCAAUACUAUGAUUAUGAUGAAUAGUGAAAUAAUCUGCAUUCCUUAAGAUUGAUUUCCCCUUGCAAAAGAGGACAUGAGAAAUCAGGUAACACAUUUUCCUUGUUCAUGGUAGCCAAUUGAAGUCCCACAUUUGGGAGGCAAAGUGUUCCCUACUAAAGGAGACUAUUUCGAAUCCGAGACUUCUGGUUAAGGAUGAAUAGUACUUACCACUCCGCCACAAAUUUUGGUGAUAAAAUUUAUUUUGUUUUAGUUAUCACAUUGAUUAAUUUAUUAGGGUUACCUCUCUCUGUACUGGCAUGUGAGAUCUUAUUCCAUUAUUUCCUGCUUAUUACUGAAGUUUGCGUAAUUGAAAUUGAAAUACUUCCCUUUCCAUGAAUGACAAGAGAUGUAUGUAAAUAGACUGUGUACUGAUAUCUUCAACGAUAUAACAAAUAUAUAAA